AACCGUUCAUGGCAACCUGCACCGUCAUUGGAUCGUAACCACUCCACCCGCUCCUGCCUGCCUUUCCCAAGCAACAUUGCUCAUCUCAUUGGCUUCGUCAUCCAUCGGACGGUCUUCUGUCGUCAUGGCGCUGGAGCGGCAGAGCGAUCCGCCGGAUUACCGAAUCGAGCUCCUGUCCCCCAUGAGGCAGGAGGGCGACUCGGCGGCCACGACCAGUUGGAGGCUGAACGUGAGCGACUUCACUCUACCGGAGGCCCCCAAGGACCCGCCGCUCGUCUCCAGCGUGUUCCGGAGAUACCAUGGCAAUCAAAGGAAAAUUGCAAAGUACUAUAGGAAACAAGGGAAGCUUCUUCAGGGAUUCAGUGAGAUGGAAAGCAUCACCGAGUUAGAAGCACCCACACAGGACGAGCUAAACGACUUGGCAAGAAGCGAAAGGCUCGCGAUCAACGUUUCAAAUAUAGUGAACUUGAUCCUCUUCGCUUCGAAAGUAUUAGCAUGCGUCGAAAGCAAAUCCAUGGCGGUGAUCGCUUCGGCUCUGGAUUCCCUGCUGGAUCUUAUGUCGGGACUGAUUCUGUGGUUCACUUCGUAUGCCAUGAAAAAGCCUAAUCAGUAUAGCUACCCAAUCGGCAAGAAUCGAAUGCAACCUGUGGGCAUCAUUGUUUUUGCUUCUGUGAUGGGCACUCUUGGUCUGCAAGUGCUGUUGGAGUCUGGCAGACAACUUAUCACCAAGGAGCACCCUACUUUCGAUCACGAAAAGGAGUUGUGGAUGGUCGGCAGCAUGUCGUCGGUCACGGUGGUCAAAUUCUUCCUCAUGCUCUACUGUCGUAGCUUCAAGAACGAAAUCGUGCGAGCUUAUGCACAGGAUCAUUUUUUUGAUGUCAUCACCAACUCCAUCGGCUUGGUCACAUCUUUGCUUGCGGUGAGAUACUACUGGUGGAUGGACCCGGUGGGUGCCAUACUGAUAGCGGUGUAUACCAUCAGCACCUGGGCGAAGACUGUACUGGAGAACGUGUGGCUGUUGAUCGGAAGAACGGCACCGCCUGAGUUCUUGGCCAAGUUGACCUACCUCAUCUGGAAUCACCAUCAACAGAUCAAGCAUAUCGACACGGUGAGAGCGUACACGUUCGGAUCGUAUUACUUUGCCGAAGUGGACAUAGUUUUGCCUGCAGACAUGCCGCUGAGCCAGGCGCAUGACAUCGGCGAGUCACUGCAAGAAAAGCUGGAGCAGAUUCCGGAGAUCGAGCGUGCUUUCGUGCACGUAGAUUUCGAGUUCACUCACAGGCCUGAACACAAGGCCAAGGUGUGAACUGAUCAGACCUUUUAUCUUCUGAUGCUUUCUCUUUAGUUCAUUAUCAUGAUGAUACGCCUUUAUUCAAUAAGCCCACGGGGAAGGGAACGCAUCUUCUUCGUCCGUGGGGAAAUCCAAAUCUUUAGGGUCAAGAUCGUGUAAGAUAUAAAUCCAAACAUUAAUAAUAGAUGAGAGUUCUUUGUUU